CGCCGAGCUGAGAUUGCGGGAGUCACGUGACCAGCAGGCAGCGAGCAACACAAACAAGCGCGACGCGGAACAAGACGCCGUGUCAAAUCUCCAUUUUGUCGCCCACUUCCACGCGCCUCCUUGUCCAACUUCUCCAGCGUCGAUUGUUCCCGCGUCUGACGUGUAGCCGCCUCGCGUGUGGCGGCCGUGGACUUUAGCCCCGCGGCCAGCUAGUCAGCUAGCUAGCAGCGGCGUGAGGCAAGUCUCGCGAGAGGAAAGGCGCGCGCCGCGAUUGGCCGCGGAGCUGAGAUUGCGGGAGUCACGUGACGAGCAGGCAGCGAGCAACACAAACAAGCGCGAGGCGGAAAAAGACUCCGUGUCAAAUCUCCAUUUUGUCGCCUCCUUGUCCAACUUUUCCAGCGUCGAUUGUGCCCGCGUCUGACGUGUAGCCGCCGUGGACUUUAGCCCCGCGGCCAGGUAGCUAGCAGCGGCGUGAGACAGGCGGAGCCAUGGCGGCUGCGGACGUCAGCGUCUCCCCCGCGAGACGCCACCUGCCCGGCUUGACGUGGGAGCGGCCGAGAUAAGACGCUCCAAGGUCCAUGCGUUUCCCGCCCCGGGGAGCGUGUCCGGUGACGUCACAGCCCUACCCCGCUGCCCCCCACCCGAGGGUGCCUUCCCCCAGUGACAUGUCGCAGCUGCUGGCCAAGCUGGCCAAGCACGCCGCGGGCAAAGCGCGGAUCCAGCUGAACCGCUGGCUGCGGAGCGGCGGCGACGACGGCGACAAGGGCGCCUUCGACGAGCGGGGGGCCACCGACAACGACCCGGAGGCGGCGGCGGCGGAAGCAGUCGGCGACUCCCGGCACCCCUGCUGCAUCGUCAAGGGCACCCUGCUGGCCUGCAUCCUCGCCGCCGUGUGCUUCUCCUCGGUGGCGCUGGUCCGCCAGCACCUCAAGGACCUCCUGCUGUGGGUGGAGGGUCUGGACGGCCUGGUGGGCGCCCUGCUCUUCGUGGUGGGCUUCAUCCUGGUCUCCUUCCCCUGCGGCUGGGGCUACAUCCUGCUCAACGUGGCCGCCGGCUACCUCUACGGCUUCAUGCUGGGCAUGGGCCUGGUCAUGGUGGGGGUCCUCAUCGGGACCUUCCUGGCCCACCUGGCCUGCAAGCGGCUGCUGACCGACUGGGUGGUCAACAAGGUGGGCAACAGCGAGCGGCUCGGCGCCAUCGUCCGAGUGGUGGAAGGAGGGAGCGGACUCAAAGUCGUGGCCUUAGCGAGACUCACCCCCAUUCCCUUUGGGCUCCAAAAUGCGGUUUUCUCGAUCCCAGACGUGUCCUUGGCCAACUACCUGGUGGCGUCCUCAGUGGGUCUGCUGCCCACCCAGCUGCUCAACUCCUACCUGGGCACCACCCUGCGCACCAUGGAGGACGUCAUCGCCCAGCAGAGUGUCAGCGGCUAUGUCCUCUUCUCGCUGCAGAUCGUCAUCAGUAUCGGCCUGAUGUUCUACGUGGUGCACCGGGCACAGGUGGAGCUCAACGCCGCCAUCGCCGCCUGCCAGAUGGAGCUGCGCACGUCGCACAUGAACGGCUCCUCCGCCAACCACGCCAGCUUCACCCACUGCAGCAAGAGGGCGGCGGCCGGCUGCGUCAACGUGGUGUGAAGUACCUGCCGGCUACUGGCCACGCCCCCUGUGGUGACGCACCUGUUGACUCUUCCACAAGAUGUCAAUCAAGACUUUGAAUGUGAGGAACUUCUUCUUCUUCUUCUUCUUCUCGCUCAGACCCGGCAAGCUAUGCACCUUCCGUCACACCACCUGUCCUACCAACGGUCACACCACCCGUGGCACCCUCUUGCGUACCACGCGUCACACCACCCGUCUCCCCCUUAGUUGUACCACCCGUGGCACCCUCUGUCGUACCGUCCGUCACGCCACCCAUCUCACCCUCAGUCUUGCCACCGGUCACACCACCCGUCGUGGCACCUUACGUCGUACCAACAGUCACACCACCCAUCUCGCCACCCGUGGUACCCUCUUUCGUACCCUGCGUCGCACCACUCGUCUCACCCUCAGUUGUACCACCAGUCACACCACCCGUGGUACCCUCUGUCAUACCACCCAUUGCACCCUCUGUCAUACCAUCCGUCUCACCCUCAGUUGUACCACCCAUCUCAACCUCAGUCCUACCACCUCUCACACCACCCGUCUGUUCACCCUCUGUCAUACGACCUCGCACACCACUCGUCUCACCCUCUGUCGUACCAUCCGUCUCACCCUCAGUUGUACCACCCAUCUCACCCUCAGUCCUACCACCUCUCACACCACCCGUCUGUUCACCCUCUGUCAUACCACCUUGCAAACCACCCAUCUCACCCUCUGUCGUACCAGCUAUCGCACCACCCAUGGCACCCUCUGUCGUACCACCCAUCACACCACCCGUCUGUUCACCCUCUGUUGUACCACCUGUUACACCACUCGUCUCACCCUCUGUCAUACCACCCGUGGCACCCUCUGUCGUACCACACAUGGCACCACCUGUCGUACCACCCUUCGCACCACCUGUCGUACCACCCAUAGCACCACCUGGCGUACCACCUGCCGCACCACCCGCGGUGCCCUCUGUCUUACCACCUGUCACAUCACCAGUCACACCCUGUGUCUUACCACCCGCCACACCACCACCAGUCACACCCUGUGUCGUACCACCCAUCGCGCCACCCGUAGCACCCUCUGUUGUACCACCCGUCACACCACCUGUCGUACCCUCUGUCGCACCACUCGUCACACCACCCGUGGCAUCCUCUGUCGUACCACCCAUCACACCACCUAUCUCACCCUCUGUGGUACCAACCGUCUCACCCGUCUCACCCUCUGUCGUACCACCCGUUUCACCCCUUGUCGUACCACCCGUUUCACCCCCUGUCGCACCCCCUGUCGCACCACCCGUCUCACCCUCUGUCGUACCACCCGUCUCACGCCCUGUCGCACCACCCGUCUCACCCUCUGUCGUACCACCCGUCUCACCCUCUGUCGUGCCACCCAUCUCACCCUCUCUCGCACCACCCGUCACACACCCUGUCGUACCACCCGUCUCACCCUCUGUCGUGCCACCCAUCUCACCCUCUCUCGUACCACCCGUGGCACCCUCUCUCGUACCACCCGUGGCACCCUCUGUCGUACCACCCGUCUCACCCUCUGUCGCACCACCCGUCUCACCCUCUGUUGUACCACCUGUCACACCACUCGUCUCACCCUCUAUCGUACCACCCGUCUCACCCCCUGUCGUACCACCUGUUACACCACCCGUAUCACGCCCUGUCGUACUUCCUCCUCCUCCAUCUCGUGCGAGCAUUAGUCCUUUUUUGGCCUUUGAGCUUUUGGUCCAGUGUCUUACUUUUGGGAUCUUGAGCAGAAGUCUUAGAAGUCCUGAAACAUUGACAUGUUUUAUGUGCCGUAGUUAGCGGGACAAGCGGUAGAAAAUGGAUGAAUGGAUGGCGUUAUAGCGCUUUAGACCGCCUGACUUUUGAAGUUGACAAGUCAUGUCCGGCAACUCUAGCCACGAGUAUUGGGGACAAAAAUAGAUACUUGUGAGGAUGACACAAAUACUUUUAUAGCAACAGUCUUCAUUUUGCAGACAUGUGCUAACCCUUAGCAUGUGUUACCUACCAAGUUAUAAGGUGCACAGUAAAAAACAAUGGCUUGAAUAGUUAGCAUCUAACGGGUACCAACUUGUAGGGGUAAAAAUUGGUUUCAAAAGUUAGCAUGCUAACAGUUAGCAUAAUGUAUCAUUCUUACAGUGUACGGCUGCAAAAUUGCCUGGAAAAUGUUAGCAUGCCAACUGUUAGCAUGUGUCACAAACCAACUUAAACGUCGUGUGUACGGCUGCAAAAUUGCCUGAAAAGGGUAGCAUGCUAACUGUUAGCAUGUUUCAGGUACCAACUUAUACGUAAUGUGUACGACUUAAAAUUGACUAACAUUCUUUGCAUCUAACAGUUAGCACGGGUCACGUACCAAGUUAUGGGGUAAAAUUGGCAAAAAAAAAAAUUAGCGUAGUAAUCUUAGCGUGUUAGCAUUUAGCAUGUUAGCUGUUAGCCUGUGUCAUGUACCAAGUUUUAUGACUCUAAGGUGUGCAGCUGCAAAAUUGGCCGGAGUAGUUAGCAUCUAACAGUUAGCAUGUUUCACUUUCCAAGUCGUUUGGCAACAAAAUUGGUUAAAUACGUAGGCAUGUUUAUGGUUAGCAUUAUGUAAUGAACCAAGUGCUAUGGCUCUGCGGUGUAUGGGGGUAAAAAUGGUUCAAAAUUUUAGCAUGCUAAUUGUUAGCAUUAUGGAAUGUUCCAAGUCAUAGGACUCUGCUGUCUAGGGCUGCAAAAUUGGUUAAAAAAACGUUAGCAUGCUUAUUAUUAGCAUGAUGUCAUGAACCAAGUCAUGUGACUCUGCGAUGUGUGGGGGGGGGAAUGGUUAAAAACGUUGUCAUGCUAAUUGUUAGCAUUAUGCGACACACCAAGUCGUAUGACUCUGCGGUGUAUGGCGGUCAAAUUGGUUAAAAAUAUUAGCAUCUAACAGAUAGCAUGUGUCAUGUACCAAGUCAUACCGCUCUAUGUCGUAUGGUGGCCAAAUUUGUUAAAAAAAAAUGUUAGCAUGCUAACUAUUAGUGUUUUGUAACGUACCAGGUUAUAAGACUGUGGUAAUAUUUGCUAAAAAGUUAGCAUGCUAAUCGUUAGCGUUAUGUAAUGUACCAAGUUAUAUGACUGUGGUAAUAUUUGCUAAAAGAUUUAGCAUGCUAACCGUUAGGGUUAUGUAUCGAACCAAUAUUACAUGAGUGUGGUAAUAUUUGCAAAAAAAAAUGCUAAUCGUUAGCGUUAUGUAACGAACCAAGUUUUAUGACUGUGGUAAUAUUUGCUAAAAAGUUUGCAUACUAACCGUUAGCGUUAUGUAACGUACCAAGUCAUAUCACUGUGGUAAUAUUUGCUUAAAACUGCUAACCGUUAGCGUUAAGUAACGAACCAAGUUAUAUUACUGUGGUAAUAUUUGCUAAAAAAAGUUAGCAUGCUAACCAUUAGCAUUAUAUAUCGUACCAAGUUAUAUUACUGUGGUAAUAUUUGCUAAAAAAAAGUUAGCAUGCUAACAGUUAGCAUUAUAUAUCGUACCAAGUUAUAUGACUGUGGUAAUAUUUGCUAAAAAAAAAAUGCUAACCGUUAGCGUUAUGUAACGUGCCAAGUUAUGACUGGUAAGAUUUGAUAAAAAGUUAGCAUGCUAACUGUUAGCGUUAUGUAACAUACCCAGUUAUAUGACUCUGGUAAUAUUUGCUAAAAGGUUAGCAUGAAAAGGUUAGCAUGUGUUACGUAUUAUGGGGGUAUUUGCUAGAAUUACGGUGGUAUUUGCUAGUAUUACGGUGGUAUUUGCUAGUAAUAUGGUGGUAUUUGCUAGAAUUAUGGUGGUAUUUGCUAGUAUUACGGGGGUAUUUGCUAGUAAUAUGGUGGUAUUUGCUAGUAAUGCGGUGGUAUUUGCUAGAAUUAUGAUGGUAUUUGCUAGUAUUAUGGUGUUAUUUGCUAGAAUUACGGUGGUAUUUGCUAGAAUUACGGUGACAUUUGCUAGAAUUACGGUGGUAUUUGCUAGUAAUAUGAUGGUAUUUGCUAGAAUUACGGUGGUAUUUGCUAGUAUUAUGGUGGUAUAUGCUAGUAUUAUGGUGGUAUUUGCUAGUAUUACAGUGGUAUUUGCUAGAAUUACGGUGGUAUUUUCUAGUAUUAAGGUGUUAUUUGAUAGAAUUACGCUGGUAUUUGCUAGUAUUACGGUGGUAUUUGCUAGUAAUAUGGUGGUAUUUGCUAGAAUUAUGGUGGUGUUUGCUAGUAUUACGGUGGUAUUUGUUAGUAAUAUGAUGGUAUUUGCUAGUAUUAUGGUGGUAUUUGCUAGAAUUACGGUGGUAUUUGCUAGUAUUAUGGUGGUAUUUGCUAGAAUUACCGUGGUAUUUGCUAGAAUUACCGUGGUAUUUGCUAGAAUUACGGUGGUAUUUGCUAGUAUUAUGGUGGUAUAUGCUAGUAUUAUGGUGGUAUUUGCUAGUAUUACAGUGGUAUUUGCUAGAAUUACGGUGGUAUUUUCUAGUAUUAAGGUGUUAUUUGCUAGAAUUACGGUGGUAUUUGCUUGUAUUACGGUGGUUUUUGCUAGUAUUAUGGGGGUAUUUGCUAGUUUUAUGGUGGUAUUUGCUAGUAUUAUGGUGGUGUUUGCUAGUAUUAUGGUGGUAUAUGUUAGUAUUAUGUUGGUAUUUGCUAGUAUUACGGUGGUAUUUGCUAGAAUUACGUUGGUAUUUGCUAGUAUUAUGGGGGUAUUUGCUAGUUCUAUGGUGGUAUUUGCUAGUAUUAUGGUGGUAUUUGCUAGUAUUAUGGUGGUAUUUGCUAAUAAUAUGGUGGUAUAUGCUAGUAAUACAGGGUAUUUGCUAGUAUUAUGGUGGUAUUUGCUAGUAUUACGGUGGUAUUUGCUAGAAUUACGGUGGUAUUUGCUAGUAUUAAGGGUGGUAUUUGCUAGUAUUAAGGGUGGUAUUUGCUAGUAAUAUUGUUGUCCCCAAUACUCUGUGUUAAGGAGAGCGUGCAGGCAGGACUUUGCCAAUCCCGUCAUAAGUUGACAAUCAGACAUGUGAUGAUUAGUUUGUGUCACCAAUAAGGGCUUUUUUACAUUUUAAUUUGAAGGGACACUUCCUGUCUGACUUUGGCAAUAAAGUUUGAUGACAUGGCCUGAAGCAAAAAAAAAACCAAGAGGGCGGGAUCAAGUGUAUUCCUUUUAUGGACUUCCUCAUGAAUAUUAAUGAGACAUUCUGAUCAUAUUCAUUAGUUAUGCAAGAAGUGAAGUGCAUUACACACAUGAUGUAUUUUAUUAUGUUGACUAAUUUAUCACCCGGGAAAUAAAACAUCUUUUUAUUACA